UUUCUCACGAGCGACCGACAACAUCAUAUUUUUCGGGAAAAAAAAAAAAAAAAAAGAGAAAACCUUCACGAGUUCCAGAAACUCCUCCGACUCCGCAAACAAGAAGCCACCACCUUACCCCUGCGGCCUCGUAAAUUCCCCUUCCUCUCUCUCUUUCUCGCCCCACAUGGUUGUUUAAAGCUUUAUAAACAGUCACCGAAGCCUGUGAACCCGGCGACUCGACCAUGACCUCCAUUACAUCCGUCGAAUUGAACUACCUCGUGUUUCGUUAUCUUCAAGAAUCUGGAUUCACACAUUCAGCAUUUGCUUUAGGAUAUGAGGCAAGUAUCAACAAGUGCCCUAUUGAUGGAAAUUUGGUUCCCCCUGGUGCUCUUAUUACAUUUGUACAAAAAGGACUUCAGUACUUGGAGAUGGAAGCAAACUUGAGUAAUAAUGACACGGACAUGGAUGAAGAUUUUUCGUUCUUACAACCUUUGGAUCUUAUCACUAAGGAUGUCUAUGAAUUGCGGCAAAUCAUAAAAGAAAAAAGGAAAAGUCUACAGAAGGAAAAAGAUAAAGAUAAAGAUAAGGAUAAAGAUCUUGGUAGGGAACAUGAAGGAGAACGUGGAAGAAUAAGAGAUAAAGAAAGACAUGAAAGGGAGAAAGAACUCGAAAAGGAUAAAGAGAGGUCAGACAAGGACAAGGAUAGAGAAAAACAGCAUGAGGAACAAACUAAUAGGGAAAUGGUCACGGAUCAAGAAGAUAAAGUUGAAGUAAAACUUGAAGAUAAUAAAGUAUUAGGAGGAUCAGAACCAAUGGAUAUUUCGACAACCUCGACUUCUCAGGCAUGUGAAAUUCAUAGUUCUGAUGUGACAAUUUUGGAAGGUCAUACUUCAGAGGUUUGUGCUUGUGCAUGGAGUCCAACAGGUUCUCUUCUUGCAUCAGGAUCUGGAGAUUCAACAGCUCGUAUAUGGACAAUUGCCGAUAGUAGCUCGAGACAUGGCUCUAAUGGUCCUCCGAAUGUGCUGGUUCUGAAACAUGUUAAAGGUAGAACAAAUGAGAAGAGUAAAGAUGUCACUACGCUUGAUUGGAAUGGAGAGGGGACGCUACUUGCAACUGGUUCGUAUGAUGGGCAAGCGAGAAUUUGGACUACAAGUGGUGAAUUAAAGAGUACUCUAAGUAAACACAAAGGACCCAUAUUCUCUCUAAAGUGGAACAAGAAGGGUGACUAUCUUCUUACUGGUAGCUGUGAUAAAACUGCAAUUGUUUGGGAUGUAAAGGCAGAGGAAUGCAAACAACAAUUUGACUUUCAUACAGGUCCUACCCUUGAUGUUGACUGGCGCAACAAUGUCUCAUUUGCAACAAGCUCUACAGAUAAUAUGAUAUAUGUUUGCAAGAUUGGAGAAGUCCUCCCUAUCAAAAAUUUUGCUGGGCAUCAGGGUGAAGUUAACUGUGUCAAAUGGGACCCAACAGGUUCAUUGCUGGCCUCUUGCUCUGAUGAUAUCACAGCAAAGGUAUGGAGUAUGAAGCAGGACAAGUUUGUUCAUGAUUUAAGGGAGCACUCUAAGGAGAUAUAUACCAUCAGAUGGAGUCCCACUGGAGCUGGUACGAUCAAUCCCAACCAGCAGUUAGUGUUGGCAAGUGCAUCAUUUGACUCAACAGUGAAGCUAUGGGAUGUGGAACUUGGGAAACUUCUCCACAGCUUGAAUGGACACAGAGAUCCUGUAUAUUCCGUUGCAUUUAGCCCAAAUGGUGAGUAUUUGGCCAGUGGAUCCCUUGAUAGAUCCAUGCACAUCUGGUCAUUGAAGGAAGGCAAGAUUGUUAAAACGUACACUGGGAAUGGGGGCGUAUUUGAAGUUUGCUGGAACAAGGAAGGUGACAAGAUUGCUGCAUGUUUCGCCAAUAACAUAGUUUGUGUUUUGGAUUUCAGAAUGUAAGGUCCUACAAUAUUAACUUGUUCGCUUCUGCCUCCUGGUUUGCAAAAGCCCUUAUUCAUGACUGAUAACUUACAAUUUAGUUGGUCUUUGACGGUAGAGAUGACACCUAGAUGGGCAUGUGAAAUGCAUUAUGGUUGGGUAGGUAUGCGUUAACCAUAGAUCAGGCAUUACUAAUGUGAUGAGCUUUGUGUUUAUUCAAUUGUCAACAAGGCUUAUGCUUUUUAGGAGUGAAUUCUGUAUAUAAUUAUUUGGAUAUGAUUUGUAGUUUACAAUUUAUUCCCAAUAAUUGUUGUUUGGAAUGAA